UCUAAUAUAAAGUGGCUGAAGCAUAUGUUAUUAAGAUAUAUAUAGAGAGAGACAAGCCAGCAAGAAAAAUUGAGUACAAACUCACACACACACACAAAAGAAUAACUCCAAAUUUUUAAACAACAGUAAAAGAGGGAGGGGAAAUGAACAAAAUGAGCAAUACAGUGAUAGGAUUCUUGAACAUCCUAACACUAAUCUCCUCCAUAGUUAUAAUAGGAUCAGCUCUGUGGAUGGGUAGGAGCAAGACAACAUGCGAGCAUUUCCUUCAGAAGCCACUUCUGGUUUUAGGACUAGCCAUCAUGGUCUUGUCACUAGCUGGUCUGAUAGGAGCAUGCUGUGACGUGGCUUGGGUCUUGUGGGUGUACCUCUUCUUCAUGGUCUUCAUCAUAGUUGCGCUCAUGGGUUUGACUCUUUUUGGGUUUAUUGUAACUAACCAUGGUGGUGGUGUGGGUGUGACUGGUAGAGUUUAUAAAGAGUUUAAACUUGAAGAGUAUCAUCCAUGGCUUAAGACAAGGGUUAUGGAUGCUAAUUAUUGGUUGACUAUAAAGACUUGUCUCUUGGGCUCACUCACUUGUUCUAAGCUCUCUUUUUGGACUCCUAUUGAUUAUCUCCAAAAGGACUUGACUCCUCUUCAGUCUGGCUGCUGCAAACCACCGACAUCGUGCGUGUACAACACGGAGACGCCGAUACAGCAAGAAUCGGAUUGUUACCGGUGGAACAACGCUGCGACGGUGCUCUGCUACGACUGUGACUCGUGUAGAGCUGGCGUUUUAGAGACGGUGCGGCGCGAUUGGCAUAAACUAUUUAUUGUUAACGUCGUCAUCGUUCUCUUCCUCAUCGCUAUUUGCUGCGUUGGUUGCUGCGCGUUUAAAAACGCCAAACGCCCUCAACAUUACGGUUUUCCUUACGGACGUUACGGCAUGUCCAAGUCUCGACCCGGAUGGGAUCAGUCUUGGGCGAGGUGGUGGCGCGGUGGAGAUCGGUAUUAGUGAAAAAUUAUGUAAUGUAUUUUCGAGUAAUGUAUUUUCGAGUUAGUGACUCAACUUAAGUCUUAGCCUCUUAAUUAUAAAUACAUACUGGAUUUUGAUCUGCGCUUUCAAAGCGCGGAUUUAUUAUUAUUAUUUUUUUCAAUUGACAAAUAUUUAGUAAAUGUCAUAUUUUCAUAUAUUUGUGUUUUAUUUUAUAAAAGACUUAAACUUUUUAUCUUUAUUUAUCGUAUUUCAUUUUAAAUGACUAUUUAUGUUUAAAAAAUUAAACUUUAUUUCUUUAAUGAAUUAAGUUGGUAUAACUUUGAUAAAUUAAUUUUAUUAUGUGGUUAAUAUUUUAAAAAAAAAUUAUAUACUUUUAAAACAGACUUAUACUUUUCAAUGAAAAAAUUCAAUUUUUUUUAUGAAUGCUUAAAUUAUAUUAAGAAAAGAAAAAAAUAAUAAUUAAGAAUAGUUGAAAAAAAAAUUAUUUGAACUUGGACUCAAUGGCCCGAAGGAAAAAAAAUGUGAGAAUUGGAUCUGAUUUCUUAAUCGGCCCAAAUGACCCAAGAGAGAUCUGAUGUGGGCUGGAUCCAAAAAAAAUGACCCAAUAUAGAUGUGUUAUUAAUAUUACUUGAUUGCCCUUAAUGAAACAUGCAAUGUUAGUAAAGAAAGAGGCAGGUUAAGGUAAAAAGGACAAUAGAAUCUUGCUUUAAUAGUAUAGAUUGUACAAGAGAGCCUAAUUUUCAUUUAUGAUGAUGUUGAAAAGAAUCAGAUUAACAAAGAGAUGGUAGCAACGAAACAUAGUUAAAAAUCGCAUAGUACUGCAACAUGUUUAAUUCAGCAUACCAUGGCUAAGACAUUGAUCAUGAGUAUCAUGGUAAAAUGGGUUAUCUUUGGGCAAGUCAUGAGGAGGGCCUUAAGUUGAGGCCCAUCUAGGUAUAAAUUUAGGGUUAUUAAUAAAACCACGAAACCCUGCCUUGUAGAUAACGUCUGCAAACAUUUCUCCCAACAUCGGAAGCUUCACUGUAUGACACUCGUCCAUGGCGUAGUAUACAAUAAGAAGAUGGUCGAACUUUGAAAGAUACUUACCCGGACGGGGUCGACUCUUGAUCAAGAAGAAGAGUGGCCUAAGCUAGUGACUCCCAUUGCACAUUAAGGAAGGGUGUUUAGCUUAAAGUCUUCCCAAGUGGAAGAGCUUGCGUCAUAAUUUGUGGCAGUGGAGGUCUGCGUUCGCGCGGCCUCUUCCAAUUUUAAAAGUUCAAAUUUUGAUCAAGAGGUCUAAAAGAUUGUCUGGAGCUUAAAAUCCUCAGUUUCUACCAUACCGAGAGACUGGUGUUUAUUUUUGUCAAGCAAAGAGGCUGAUGCUAGAAUAAGUUCUUAUCUCAGAUCUAAAGAAAACAAAUUUCGUUUCUCUGAUUAUGAAAUGCUUGACAGCUACUUGGUUUGCAUGGUUAGUUUGUAAUACCAAAAUGACUUAAUUGUAAGAUUUUUUUUUUUGCUAA